AUGCUUUUCGUUCUUUCUCCUACACCAAUGUUGGUUUUUCUUUUUUCUACUGCCAUCCAUUCUCUUCUAUACUCUGUUUCAUUCCAUAUACACGUUUUAUUUUCUUUCUUUAUAUUCUCACACACUGUUUCUCUGUACUCUCUCUCUCUCUGUCUGCGCCUUCUUUCUCUUCCUUUCUCUGUCUGCGCCUUCUCUCUCUCCCUCUGUCUGCGCCUUCUCUCUCUCCCUCUGUCUGCGCCUUCUCUCUCUCCCUCUGUCUGUCUGUCUUCUCUCCUCUCUCCCUCUGUCUGUCCUUCUUCUCUCUCCCUCUGUCUGCGCCUUCUCCUCUUUUUCUCUGUGACUACUACUUCCCUCUCCUUCCCUGAAUUGGAGUUGAAUAAUUAUAAACCAGAUGAAACAAGAGGUGAUCCGUCACUCAGUGGUACAGGUGUCUGUUCCACAGAAACUGUUGAGACUAGUAAGGUGACAUCCGAAGAGGUAUCAACUGAUAAGAUUCACUCGCCAGCUGCGAGUGAAGAAAAUGUUCAAGGAGGAAGAGUCUUGCCAAGCAGAAGUGACGCUGGUAUCUUUGAAAACGAACCUGCAGUUUUAGAAGGCGUUGCACGCUACACUGAAUGCAAAGACGAGGACAAGCUUCCUGAGCAGGGUACUGCCAGAAACUUGGCUGCAAGGUUUAAGGAGAUUCAAGAUGAAUCAGUCAGGCCUUCUGUCUCUCAAAAGCGCGAUAUCACUCCUGAGCGAUUUGAAGAGAAGUCCGAAUUCGUAUCUGAGCCACGGUCUAAGAUUGAAACAUAUGAAGGAAAAGCUGAAUCUGGAAUUUUUGAAAGUCAACCUGAGGAAUUGAGUGAGAGCAUUGUCUCUGGCUAUGUUAAGAAUGAGGAAAAACUUCCUGAGAAAGGGACUACUGAUAAUAUCUUACAGAAGUUUAAAGAUAUCCAGUCAACCCCUGUCCAAAAGGAGAACCAAGGCAAAAGAGAAAUUACUCCUGACCGAAGUGGAAAAUCUGAGUAUGUCUCUGAACCAAGAACAUCAUUUGAAGAAUAUGUUGGUAAACCUGAGAGCGGCAUCUUCGAGAGCCAACCAGUACGUGAUCCAAAUGUUAUCCGUCCCGAAGAUGAAGACGAAGAAGAGAUUCUUCCAAACCAAGGUACAGCUCGAAAUUUGGUGGCAAAGUUCAAGAAACUACAGGAGGAACAGCCAUAUGUCCCUAAAAAACCUAUCGAUAUUCUUCCAUCAAACACGAGUGUUGAACCAUCUAUCGUGGAGAGCAAACCGAUUAGUCUUGAAGGCGUCGUCAAAGAAGGUGAUGAAACUGAGGAGAAAUAUCCGGAGAAGGGCCAAACCCGCAACCUUUUGGCAAAGUUUCGAGAAAUAGAGAGUGGAGGAGGUUCUCAGUCACCUUCUCCUCGUAGCCGUAAAGAGUUCACCCCGCCACGUGAACACCCACGGGGCAUAAAUUCCGGCAACCAGGAGAGUGGCGUUUAUGAAAACACUCCAAAGAAGGGGCUGGAGUAUCAACCAGUCAAGAUUGAAGGAGGGAUCUUCGAGAAUGAACCGGUCAGUCGACCAGAUGUGGUGAAAGAAGCAGACCGCUUUGAGGAAAGGUUGCCAGAACAAGGAACUGCCCGUAACCUGCUUUCAAAGUUCAAGCAGAUUCAAAACGAUGCAUCUGUCAAGUCACCCACCUCCCCCAGAUCGAUGAAAGAGUUCACCCCACCAAGAGACGACUUGCCAACUCACCAAACGGGACUCAACGAGAGUGGAAUUGUCGAAAACGAGCCGCAGUAUCGACCAGAUGUCUUAAGGGAAGCGGACACAGAUUGGAAUGAGGGAAUGCCUUCCAAGGGAUCGGCCAAAAGUGUUGUCGAUAAAUUCAAAUGCAUUCAAGAAGAAGCCAAGAAAGAGUCGGUUAAGGCAAUGCCGAAAAAGUUAAACUAA